AUGAAGCUUCUAGCAGUUGUAGCCACGGCCUUAGCCAUCUUCUCUACCGCUGAGGCCCAGACUAUUCAGGUCGGUUGUCGCGCUCUUGAUACCAAGAACGACGGUCUUCUGACUGAGCUUCUCCAUAACCCAUCAGCCCGUGGGGCCGCCGACUCAGACCUGCGUUAUGGAUUUUGGGAUGCAAGGUGGCGAGAGUGCUGCAACAGCUAUAAAUGCGAAAGAUACUACACGUUUAGCUACAACCACCCAUAUCCUUGGGCCUACAAGCAGGGCAGGGCAACUAUUCGCGGUCAACAGUUCGACUUUGCUUGCGUUAACUGGCGUACAGGAGCCUGUAAAUGA